AUGUGUACAGUUCGGAUAAACAAAUUCUUAAAGCGAGAGCACACCAUGGCCACACUUAACAUUUCCGCCGCAAGAUCUAAUCCGCCAGGUGGUGAAAGUGCCCCAUCCAAUGUAAUGAUGCGGUUGUCAGAAGAGACCCAAAGUCCUUUAGUCCUUCCAUCUGUGGAACAGAUGCGAAGAGACGUUGCCAAUGCCACCUGUGAAUUACAGCAGGCCUUCUUUCAAACCCACAACCCGAAAUGUACCCAAGGCAACGAGCUAGGGCGCAAACAUCUAAUAGAGGUGCCAUUCUCCUCCGAGCCUAAUGUCCUUAGGCUCAGGGAAGCACAAAACGAUUCCACAGCCGAUCCAUUUCACCGCACCCAAGAGGAGACUGUCUGUGAAGAGCUUAUAAUAAAUGGGAAGAAGUAUCGACAAACCUUUCAAAAGCGUGUCAUAUUUAUGCUACCAGCAAGUGGAGAAACCGAGAACACAGGAAAUAGGGAGCUUCCAGAAAAGUAUGUCUCUGCCAAUUUUGACCAGUACAAUCGAGUCUUCGAAGACAAUGGAGCACGCCUCGAUUUACAGGUGCAAAAUCAAGAGGGCGGCUUCAGCCCUCGCCUUGUCAUUGCAGCCCAAAGGGAGUCCCCCGAAGGGAAGACUCAUUUAAGCCCCAGCAAUGUGUACUGUCAAGGUGACGGCGGCUCGGAGCAACGGGAAAUAUGCUCUCCCAGGGUGGAUUCGGCAACCACCCUCAUGACCAAAAUUAUAAGCCAUAUGUAUCAUUUUGGACAUUGGGAUAAAACGGCUUCAAUUCUGGAUCCCCGAUUGCCCGCGAGUCUGAGUUCCCCAUUUGAGGUGUCCGGGCUGGAUGAUUCAAUCUUCUGCGUGACUCCAGCUGAAUGGCAUCAUUCCGACAUUACUUACGGUCGCGAGGCGGCUGGAGCAGCCGGUACAACCGCGAAGGCGAGAAUAGUUGCCUGUCUGCAGAAAUUUACUCAACGAAGUGCACAAACUGGGAAACAGCUGUAUCGAAGCACCUAUGUGCAGCAUACAAAGAUUGCAAGAUGGAGGAGCUCAGAAAAAAGUUGUGAAAUCCCACCAUCUUGUACAAUCACCAAUGAUCAAUCAGGAGUGCCGAAGACGCCUGCGCGAUCACAAGAUAACCUACUCCACUUCGUUGCAAAUGUCAGCGAGGUCUGGAAACAGGUUGCCCGUUCCCCACUGGGUGGUGAGGAGGAGGCGGUCAUUUCAUUUCCUCCCCUUCAUCUCUGCUCCUACGAUCGUCUCCAACUCCUCCAGUCAUUGUGUCCAGCCGCGGCCGCAGCUAUCAUGAUACUUGGCAGGCAGAUGCCGGAAAUGCGAAGUGACAGUUGUAUCACACCGCCUAACCAAUUGCCGCGAUCCACGUCUACUGUUACCGCUGACGCCUGGUGCCCUCGUGCUCUCAUGAUCAUGGACAGUCCGGAGGAGUCCCUUCUUUUUUCCAUGCCUGACGGUUUUGAGAUCGGGUCUACAUUGCGGAAACGAAAUUGCCUUCUCCGAGGUGGCACCCUAGAUGGUCUUCUUGUCUACGCGUUGAAAAUUUUUCGGCAAAAUAAAUCCGACACCUACGAGAGCCUCAUACCCAACAUCUUCAUGCGACUCUAUCCCACCUUUACCAUUGCCAAUGAAGUGGUCUCCCGGCUGAUUCAACGCUACUUGGCUUUCGUUCCCAUUGAACCUGGAGGUCUUGGCUGCAUAAGUGAGAAGGGCGAAGCGGUGGAACCCGGGAGAGACUGGAAUGAAGCUGUCAAUACCUUAGAGUUUCUCCUAAAAUUGCUCACACGAACGGAGCGUGUUUUAUAUGAUGCCAAGUUGGAGAAUAAAAUAUUUCGGUUUGCUCAACUCCUUAAAAUGGACUCCCGAUUGGUUGGAAGUCUUUCGCCUAGGAAUCAUAGUACUGUAGACGAUGACAUCGACAAGGAUGGGGAGGAGGACACCUUAUCCAACAUCCCAAAUGGGUCUUUAGUAAAACUAGCAAAACAAAAGAGUGCCAUUUCCGAUGAGUUAACUCGUAUCGCCGAGAGUUUACUGGAUUUGGUACCCACCGCUGUUGGUAGGAGACGUUUCACAGAAGAGGUCAACACUGAGCAACCUGCAAAGGAGAAAGUGGGCAGCGAAAUAAACUUUCUCACGUGCACCUGCUAUCAAAGGCUGAGCCAAUUUCUCCGGUUCAAGGUCAACGCCUUGGCUAAACAAAUAACCUCUAUGGAGGAGAUGUGUUUUGAUGGAAUUCAGCUCUAUGAACUUAUCAGUAUAAAAGACCUUGAAAAGGGGAAUACACCAACUCUCUCUCGAUGUAUUCAACACUUUAACGACCUAAAUUCCAUGGUCAAGUGUCUAACCCGCAUAGCAAAGGAGUUGGGGGAGCCACUUUCCAAAGUUCAAUCAGACAGUGGUGAAUGUGACACCUGCGUCGAUGAGACGCUCCAAGAGAUCAACACUCCUGACCAUCUCUGUCCUCUGUGUGGUCUCCAGAGGGAGGCGCUAAUACAACAACGCCUUAUGGAGGAUAAUCUACAAAGGGUGUCAAAGAAGUUUGCGGAAUCUCGAGGCGCCAGUCUAAAGAGUUAUCUCUGCCUCUCCUCCGUGUCAUAUUCUCUUCCGUUGAGGAUGAAAAGGAGCAAUGUCCUACUGGAAAAUACCCUCGUUCAUCUAUGCGAUCUGGCGCAGGAGCUGAAAAAGAUAAACAACUUCAGCUCCUUUUUGGCGGUGAUACUGGGUCUGCAAAAUGCACCAACACAAAGCGUCUCCAAAAGGCUUAAACUGAGGUUAACAAAACUGGGAGCUUACAUGCUUCCACCGAGUUUCAGUGCCUAUCGUCGCGACCUCGAGGCAGCUAAGAUGCCCUGCCUACCCUACCUGGGUCUGGUCUUCCAACAACUCAUCCACCUAGAUAAUGGAAAUGUGCUCUUUUUAUCAUCCCCCUCGGGAGGGGAGACGACGUCCACCUCGCACACCAAUCAAGGCCUCAUUACUGGCGAUGAGGUGGACGCCAAUAAGAUAGUCAAUUUUUGGCGGUGCUGGAAACACUACCUUAUCUUGGGCUACUUUAUGAAACGCGCCGAUCGAGAUAUGCUGGAAAAAGAUGAAAAAGGAUCCUACGAAAUUGAACCCGAUACGGAGAUUCAAAGCUACUUGAAGUCCUUUAAGAUGUAUUCCACUCAUUUUCAUCGACGAGUGGACACAACCGCCUCGGAGCAGUCGUCCCUACGAUGCAAUCGGAGAAAGCAGUGCACAAAAUCUGACAACUUUCAUACAUUGCCUUAG